ACAUCGUGAGGUUUCGGCUUUUUCCGGGACAUAACAGUCAGUUAGCUAGCUAACUUGAUUAGCCUGCAACUGCAGCCAAUGUUUCUAUGGUAUUUGUUGUCAACCGAGUGGGAGCGGAUGAAACAACUAUAAUUAAAUGAUGGCGGACGUCGAGGGACAAGACAUUUGUUCGCCGGUCCCUCCGCUGCCUCACCCUUCAUCCUGCAGCGGCGCGGAUAGCGGGAACGUUACCCCAGACGCCGGCGGAGGUUGCCAGACACCAGCUACGGUUACGUCGGGCCCACGGCUGGUUCGCAUUGUGAAGUCGGACUCGGGCUACGGUUUCAAUGUCCGGGGACAAGUUAGUGAAGGAGGGCAGCUCCGAAGCAUUAACGGGGAACUGUACGCGCCACUGCAGCACGUUAGUGCCGUCCUACCGGGGGGAGCCGCUGACAGAGCAGGCAUCUCCAAGGGUGACAGGAUCCUGGAGGUCAAUGGUGUGAACGUGGAAGGGGCUACGCACAAGCAGGUGGUGGAUCUGAUCCGCGCCGGCGAGAAAGAGCUGGUGCUCACCGUGCUGUCCGUGCCGCCGCAGGAGGCCGACUGUCUGGAUCUCGGCGACGAUGGAUCGGCCCAGUCCUGUUAUGACUACUCCGACAAGCAAGCCGUUCCCAUCUCCAUCCCCAGCUACAAACACACUGAGCUCAACAGUGAAAAGUUUGUGGUCUACAACGUCUACAUGGCAGGCAGACAACUGUGUUCCAAGCGCUACCGGGAAUUUGUUAUUUUGCACCAAAACUUGAAGAGGGAAUUCGCCACUUUUACAUUUCCGAAGCUGCCUGGGAAAUGGCCGUUUUCACUGUCGGAGCAGCAGCUGGAUGCACGGCGCAGAGGCCUGGAGGAAUACUUGGAGAAAGUGUGCUCAGUACGGGUAAUAGGAGAAAGUGAAAUUAUGCAGGAAUUUUUGUCUGAAUCAGAUGAGAAUUAUAACGGGGUGUCCGAUGUGGAGUUGAGAAUAGCGAUGCCUGAUAAAACUACACUCACAGUGAGAGUUCGCAAAAACUCUACAACAGACCAAGUGUAUCAGGCUGUGGUUAUGAAACUUGGGAUGGACAGCGUCACAGCCAGCUACUUUGCUCUGUUUGAGGUCAUUAACCACACAUUUGUGCGUAAGCUCGCGCCCAAUGAGUUCCCCCACAAACUGUAUGUACAGAACUAUACCUCAGCCAUCCCUGGAACCUGCCUCACCUUGCGUAAGUGGCUCUUCACCACAGAAGAAGAGAUUCUGCUCAACGAUAACCAGCUCGCCGUCAGCUACUUCUUCCAUCAGGCUGUUGACGACGCGAAGAAAGGAUUUGUCAAAGCUGAACAGAAGUCCUACCAGCUGCAAAAACUCGCAGAACAGAAGAAAAUGGCCACGUAUCUGAAUCUGUUGAGGAGUUGUGAAGGCUACAAUGAGAUCAUAUUCCCUCACUGUUCCUGCGACUCUCGCCGUAAAGGCCACGUAAUCACAGCCAUCAGUAUACAGCACUUCAAGCUGCACGCCUGCACGGAAGAGGGCACACUGGAGAACCAGGUCAUUGCAUUCGACUGGGGGGAGAUGCAGAGGUGGGACACGGAUGAAGAGGGCAUGGCCUUCUGCUUCGAAUAUGCAAGAGGUGAAAAGAAACCACGUUGGGUGAAGAUAUUCACACCUUAUUUCAACUACAUGCACGAGUGCUUUGAGAGAAUCUUUUGUGAGCUGAAGUGGAGGAAGGAGGUAGAAGAAGAAGCCACAGAUAAGGACAACAAGAACUGCAGUAAAGAUGGUAUGUGUGGAAAGAAUAUUUUCCAGCUGCUGAGGCACAGAAGGGAUGGAGGCACGUAGGGAGGGAGAUCAUCGCCUCUUAGCGACAGAGGCGAUCUGGUAACAGCAGCGUUUGGGCCCUGACCUUGCCCCGGCAGCACUUGGCUGUUAAUUAUGAAGACGUCAUUUACACUCCAUUUACCACAAUAGAAGAAGCUCCACCUACAUGCGAGCCAGCAAGCAUCCCAUCAGUCCAGGAGAGGACAUAAAAGAAAAGGGACUAAAAGGCUACAUGACUGGAAAGAAGACUAACUUUAGAGUUUGAGCGAUGAUUGACUCAAAGCGAUGGAUUCAUGCAAGCUUUCUUUCAUUUCUUUCUUUCAUUUUUUUUUGUUUUUUUUUCUGAAAAUGAAACUUGACGUUCUGUGAAAUUAGCAAUGUACUAACAGAAGAAGGUAAAAGCAGUCAAAGAAGGAACGGCGGUUCACACUCGCACCAAAAAUCUGAUCUUUAGCCGGCUUCUUGAGUAAUCAGAUUAUUCAAGCGAUCAUGUUAAAAACCAUGAUCUGAAUCCUAAAUCAGAUUAAUGUCAUCUGAUCUUUAGAUAUUUGAUUAACAAACCCAGAUUUCUCCCACAUUUCUUCCUGCAUGUGCAUUUGUUCAUGAGGUUGAGGUUAUUUUUUUGUGUCUCAGAAUGUGAAAAAGAAAAAAGGGAAUGAUUCCAAAAUGACUGAUAUGUAAACGGAAACGGCUAUUUUAUCUUUAUAGGGUAUAAGUGAAGGACAGCGGAAGCGUGUAAUGGAAUUUACAGAUCUGUAACCUUGGUAGGACGGCUCUGACAUGCUGGUCAUGGCUAACCUCAAACUACAUGACAGAAAGGAAGUCUCAGUCCCUGCAAACACACAAAGAAAUCUGACAAGAAACAUUUACUCCAGAGUUUAUUGUUAGCAGAUUAAUGAAAUGCAUACUAACACAUUAGAUCUGGUGAUUGCAGUUACAAUAUGACUAAACUACACAUUCUCACUUUUAACUCAUGUGGUUGUAUGGUUUGGGCGACAAGUUAGGGACACCCAAAAUGUCAAAAAAUGUUUGUAAGGGGCCCGAAUCAUAUGUCCAUAUAUGACUAGUUGGGAGUGAGAAUGCAUUACUAUAAAAUAUUUGUUAAUCUCUUAUUCUGCAAGUGGUUUCACUUAAAAAGACGAGAGGUCUGCAGAGAAACUGAAAAAAAUAAUAAUAAUCCAAGAAAUUAUAUUGUUUUGUUUUUAUUUGUAUAAUGGUGCAGGCAGCAAGUAUUUGGUCAAUAAUAAAAGUUCAUCCCAAUACUUUUAAUGUAACCCUGGUUCAAAGGUUCCCUGAUGGUUUCCACCACGUUUACAUUGUAGCUGCUAUUUUGGUCCAUUCUUCCAUGCAGAUCUUCUCAAGAGCUUUUGGAGGUUGUUGCUGAGCAACAGGGACUUAAAACUCCCUCCACGGAUUUUCUAAUUGGUUGAGGUCCAGAGGCUGGCUAAGUCACUCCAAAACCUUGAAAUCCAUUCUUUGUAGCCACUCCUUUUUUACCCAGGUGAUCUGUUUGGGAUUAUCGUUAUGCUGGAGGAUCCAGACACAUUUUAUUUUAAAUGUUUUCACUGAUCGAAGGAGGUUUUUAUACAAAAUCUCACCUCAUUAGUUACAAUACCCUUCAUACAAAUUAGUUUUCUUGUCCCCUUUGAUGUACAGUAGCCCAGAAUUAUGAUGUUUCCACCCCCAUGCUUCACAGUGGGUAUGGUUCUCUUACUACUGCAACAGUCAUCUGUUUUUAGGAGCUAAAUACUUGUUUUCUGCAUCAUUUUACAAAUAUAUUCUUUUAAAAAAAGUGAUUUCUUGGAUUGUUUUUCUACAUUCGUCCACUAGCAGUUAAAGUAUUUCUGAGAUAAAUAUUACAGACUUCUUAAGUGGGAGAACUUGCAGAAUCUAUGACUGACAAAGGCUGUUUCUUUGUGUCUGAUCUGUGUCCCAUCACUCCUGUUAUCAGACAAACAUGCCCACUAAAAAGGGAUUCCAAAACACUGGGAGAUAUUUUCAUUUCCGUUAACAGAUUAGAGUGUUUUGUCGUUUGCUUGUGGAUAGAAGUUUUCCCUGAAAAAAAAACUGUAAUGAAGCCCUUUUCAGACAUGUGAUACUUAACAUUAAUGAGUUUGUGGGUUCAACUGUUGGCAUUCCUUCAUUUGAGUAAAAGGUUUGCCGUUUAUUUGCCACUCAGGAUUCACAGCUUCUCAUGAUAAUUUACUAACAGUUUGUCAUUGUAAAAAAAACAUGAUAUAAUAGUGAGCAUGCUGCGUAUGAAGAAUGUUAGUCAAUUUUAGGAAGAGAAAAAGUUGAUUUAUAGCACAGAAAAAAAGGACUUUCAGCUUCUGCAACUCAAAGGUUUAAACUUUUCUUGUAUUUAUUUAGGGCAUUGACAAAUGUCUGAAAGGGGCUUACAUUACUGCAAAAUCCUGUUACACUAAAACACCAUUAAGUUUGAAUCUUAAAAACUUUUCAGAUGAUGCUAAAAGAUGCUAGAGUUACAGACGACGUCCUCUCGUUAUCGAUUAGAUUUAUUUUCGCGUUCAGGGAACAACUGAAGAGUUUGAACAAAUCUUGCACUUUAUCUGACUGUAAGAAGCAUUUCAAUUUAUUUAAAUUGAAAAAGUGCUCAUGUGCACUAAAAACUGGAAUAAGGUAAAUUUUGUGUGUACUGACAGUAUUAUGUGAAGAAUCCAUGCAGUUAACAUUUAUCAGGGUGUUGUGGAGCUCAAGUGACUUUCUGUUUUCUGUUCAUUACCCAGAACAGACAGUAGGAGUCCUUCUCUUCCUUCUGUCUCUCUGGGCCACAGUUAUUACUUUGUCUCUUGAAUUUCCCUACAGGAUUUAUAAUAGGCUUCUAAUUCAAGUGGAAUUUUCAUGCAACAGUAUUAUCUGUGUGUCUGAUACUUUGGCGUCAUCUACUGAGGAUUCAGGCUAAGUGGGGCGAGGCUCUCUCAGUAAAGAAAUGAGUUUCAUCCCUGUAUUACAAGAUAAAUGCAGCUCUCAGACACUAAAGGCUUUCUAGCUGACUAUAUUACUGUGAUGGAAUCAAAUGAUAUGAAGGUAAUUAUUCUCUUUAAACUGAUUCAAACAAAAGAAAAUGUUCAUCUGAGAUGUAAAAAAGGUGAAAUAAACUGAGAUUUAAAAGAAAUACAGUGUUCCUUACAAAUUACAGAAUCCAACUUUAAAUUACAAAAUUUGACUCAAAGAAUGUAAUUUUGACACUUCAUUUAUUAAUUGUGGUUCUGUUUGAGUGUUUUUCUUUAAAAACCUUUUUAUAAAUUAAGUAGCGACUGCUUUUACAUGUUGUAGAGGCUGACUUUGUUCAGCAAGAAUAAUAUAAAUCUGUUGAUUCUACUAUUAUCCAAGUGAUGCAACAUCAUUGGGAUACAAUAAUAUCAUUAUUAUGCAGAUAAAUCUAAUUGAUUAGAUAUUUGGCUUCUAUUCAGUUAGUAUCGGGUAUUCUUUUACUGACCAGGAGAGAAAUGUGAAUUGAAACCAGUUGUUCUCGCUAAAGGUUCUUGUUGAGCUGCUCCUCACCAAAGCUAUUUUAGGUUGAUUAAUGAGUUUAAACAGCUCUCUGGGAGCCUGCAGGAGGUUUAAUUGAGCACGUUGAGCCUUUAGCUGAGAGGCUGAACGUGCACUCCUGAUUUUUUCUCCCUUGCCCACCCAACCGGGUCUGACGUUGUCAGCCGCUGACCGCCACACGUCUCUCUCUGUCUCUGUUCUGAACGUGGUAAAACUUCAAUGUAUUUAUUUUUACUACGACCGUGUAAAGUACGGCAAAGCUUCUUUUAAAGAGUCUUCAAAGGAGGAAAAUGGGAAAAGAGACAAGUUUCUCAACAUGCUGAAUUGUUACAUUUAAAGAAGAUGCAUUGCUUACUGUAAUAAAUUGUAACAUAUUCUUUUGAAUAAACUGCUUUAUUGAUGCAA